AUGGAAGAGUUGACGCUGCAGACGCUGCAGUCCUUGGUUGGGGUGGAGGGCUGUAGCUGGGCAGAGCUUCUCGAACGCGUGGAGUCGCUCGUUCGCCUCGCGGAGGGCCGCAAAAGCAAGGCGCCGGAGGACGAGGAGAGGGAAGUGGAGGAGCUGCAGGGGUUGCUGCUACAGGCCGAGAUGGACCUGGACGAAAAGGAGCAGCAGCUGGAGGAGCAGUCGGCUCGGGUCCGGGACCUCUCCGCGGUCCUGGCGAAGCAGCAGAACGCCUGGGCCUCAACCAGCGCGAUCACGGGGCGAUGGAUGCGAUCGAUUCGGUACGCCAGGGAAGCGGUGAGAGUAAGCCUGGUGAGUUAG